AGCAGAUCUGACCACAGCCAGCGAGUCGCGGCUCCUCGCGCGCACUUUGCUCAGACGCGCUGCAGCCGCCGACGGUUUGCGUCCGCGCCAGGAGUCGGUCCGGUCCGGAGAUCUUCGCCAGCAUUUUUCUGACCACAAAAGGUCAUCUGGGAGGAGAAGCAAUGUUGCAGUUGCUUCUCUGUCUGCUGCCGCUGGUGAGGCCCAGCCAAGGUGUGAGCCGCCCCUCGACAGUCCUCGACAAGCAUCAGCUUCUGGGGGAAGCGACAUCGAGGCCACUCAUUCACUUGUGCCGCUCUCGGAACAUGGAGGACUUCAGCUGCUGGUGGCAUCCACUGACCAACCUGAGCGACGCUGAGCAGCCCGCAUACGUGCUGACGUAUUCCAUAGCUGACGGGCCUCGACAUGAGUGUCCAGACUACAAGACAUCGGGUCCAGACAGUUGUCAUUUUGACCGAAGGCACACAACCAUAUGGCAAAUUUUCUGCAUGAAUGUGACGGCAAUAACGGCGCGAGGCAACUACACCUCCCCGGUGCACUGUCUGGAUGUGGCCGACAUCGUCCAGAUGGAGGCGCCGGUCAACCUGACCUCUAAGUUGGUGGCCAUGGGUGGGGAUGAGGUGGGUCACAGUGCAGAGCUGUCGUGGUCGUACCCGGUGCCGUCGGACAUCCAGAAUGGCUGGAUCACUCUUGAGUAUGAGUUGCAGUACCGCCGUGUCGGGGAGACCAACAACUGGAAGGAGAAAUCGUCUCUGCACGAGCCUCAAGUCCAACUCAUCGGCCUCCCUGUCAGCGACUAUGUGGUCAGAGUUCGUUGUCGUUCCACAGCAUCUAAGCUCUGGAGCAACUGGAGCGCCACACUGCUCAUGAGCGUCCCGGCACAGCAGCCAUCAGGAAAGUUUCUGGCUCUGAUUCUGGUGAUGAGCAUCGGCGUCGUCGCGCUGCUAGUUGUCAUGUUUGGAAUCAUCCCGCAGAGCAAGCGAAUAAAAGACUUCUUCCUGCCACCUAUUCCAAAACCCAGAAUAAUUGGCAUUGAUCCACUUCUGCUGAAGAAAGGACACUUUGCCGAGAUAAAUCGCCACCUCAGCAGUUUCCACGGUUACCAUCAGCCCAUCUACUCUGAAGAAAUCUGGGAUUGCGUGAGUGCUGACAUUGAUGUUUUCAUCAAGGCUCCGAAGAACUACCAGGACCCGUCUGACCCGGCCUACUGGGAGACGGGUGCUUUGGUGGUACCAUCUGAUGUGACGCCCUCCACGGACAGCCAGCAGCUCCUUGCACAGAACUCAUUUGCUCCGAACAUGUCGGCAUACUGUUCCUCCCCCCAGGUAGCCUUCGCGCCAGCGAGUGAUGCGGCCUUGCCUUGGCCGCAGAUCGUAACUCUGCCGGGGACUGAGUACAGCAUGAUGGGAGGAGCCGGGGUCUCGCUACCCGAGCCCACCCCGGCCCCGCCCCUGCAGCCCCCGCAGGACUUCUACAGUUGCGUGCAUGUGAUAAAGGACGGCGGCGAGGUUCACCUGGUGCCAUGUCUGCCAUCUCCGGCUCACUGUAGUGACGCCGCCUCCUCCACUCAGGAAGAAGACAAUGAGAAGAUGAGACAGAAAGAAGAGGGGGAGAAGAGCAACACCUUCACUCCUCUGCUGCUCACCACCAACCUGGACUUGGACACAGAAUACUCAUAGGACUGUUUUGAAGGAUGACACGCAAGAACUACCUUUCCACCCCAACUCCAAGCAGAAGCGCUUUUUCUAAUAUUUGUUUCGGAUCUGAUGGCCUGAUCCGAGGCCACCAGCAGGCCGAGUGUUUGGCUAAUGUAAAGCCACAGCCAAGUCACAGUCCAGUAUUAUUUGAAAAUACAUGAAUGCGGUAGCAGGAGGUAGGACAUCACUGAAGGCCUAGGUUUGAAUGUCAGUUGAAAGGGUAAAGCUGGAAUCCAGAAAACCCAAAUGAUAAGUCCCUAAAUGAAUUCAGAAUAAUGGUAAAAAAAAAAAAGUGCUGUUACCUUGUUGUGAAGUGUAUUUUUCAUCCAGAAGUGACCACCUACCUGAUGGGAAUGACGAUGUAACGCGCCCCCUAGGGGCAGGCAGCAGGACGGCUCGUGAGCUCCUCCAAAGAUGUCCAGGAUGAUAAUUCUGACAGAAAUGUUUUAUAUUUUUAUGUAUUGGUGUCUAUUCGUGUAUGUAGUUAUGACAUAAGGUGUUAUUUUGAAAAUGACAUAAAGACUUGUCAGAAAAUUGAAAACUUACCUUCAGGCAAGUUUGGCUUAUUUUGUUUGUUUUUUUUCUGUCUUUUUACCAAGGAGAGGUAUUUAUUUCACCCACACUGUGUACAACACCACGCUCUGUGCUGACGAUGUUACGUGUCAUGAUGUAAAUGACUUGUCUUCAAUCUUCAGCUGACUGGUUGCAGUAACCACAUUUAAAAUGUGUGUGUUCGGUUGAUGCUACUGUUAACAUGAUUAUUCUGUUGCUCUGUGUUGUUUCUGUAUUCGGGAGGCCCUGUCCAUCAAACACCACGAAGAAAAGACUCCCGAUCCCUCACAUUCCCUGUCCUGGAUCCUAGAUGUCACCUUUGUGCCUUUUUUGUUUUUUGUUAUGUUUUUGUUAUGAUGAAACUGAAGCUUCUCAUUAAAAUACUGUGUAAAGAGGCAAGAUCUAAAGUUGUCAUCUUUUGUUCCAAAGAGUAACAGCGCAACUGUGUAGUGUUUUGGAUAAAGGA